CAUACCUCACAUAAACAUUAAUGCUAGCAUACAAUUUUAGAGACUUAAAAAAGUAGAUAAUUGAGCUUUCCCAGUGCAGUCACAUUGAAUGCACAACGCGGUUUUGAGACUCACAAAGAGCUUAUUACUACUCCACUUGAGCUGACUUUUUCCAUGUCUUCUUUACAUCCUUAUGACAACAGUUAAUGCUUUUGCUGUCAACUUUUGACUAUUUGCACCCUUUGUUUAAUUUUCUUCCCCUAUUUAUACACCCUUUCAUUUUGACUCUUGCCUCAACACAUUCCUAAGUAGCUAACAGUAAGAGGAAAAAAAAAGCUAUAUUUGUGAAGAAACAUAUAGAUUUUUGAAAAAAGAGAAAAAAGAGUAUACAAGGAAAAAAAAAUGGUUAGACCACCAUGUUGUGAUAAAGAAGGUGUGAAAAAAGGACCUUGGACUCCUGAAGAAGAUAUCAUUUUGGUUUCUUAUAUUCAAGAACAUGGUCCUGGAAAUUGGAAAGCUGUUCCUACCAAUACUGGUUUGUUAAGGUGUAGUAAGAGUUGCAGACUUAGAUGGACAAAUUAUCUAAGGCCAGGAAUCAAAAGGGGUAACUUCACUGACCAAGAAGAGAAAAUGAUUAUUCAUCUUCAAGCUCUUUUAGGAAACAGAUGGGCUGCCAUAGCUGCAUACCUUCCACAAAGAACAGACAAUGACAUAAAAAACUAUUGGAACACUUAUUUGAAGAAAAAGCUGAAAAAAUUGGAAACAAGUACUUCUUCUGAAUCAUGUUUAGGUCAUGAUGAAUUCUCAGUUUCUCAACCAAUAGCUAGAGGACAAUGGGAAAGAAGACUUCAAACUGAUAUUCACAUGGCCAAAAAAGCACUUAGUGAAGCUCUUCAACCAGAAAAAAGCACUUCUAGUAGCAACUUAAUGUUACCACUUGAAUCAAAUUUUUCAAGUGAAAGCUCUUUUUGUUCAACAAAACCUACAACUCAAUCUUUGUCUUAUGCAUCAAGUGCUGAUAACAUAGCUCGUUUGUUGAAAGGUUGGAUGAAAAAUAAACCUAAAGAAGGAUCGAAUGGUAAUAACACAAAUGUGACACAAAAUUAUGAGACUAGUGCUUCUAGUGAAGGAAUGGAAAAAGGGUCAACAAGUGUUGAAUUAUCUGAGACUUUUGAAUCUUUGUUUGGUUAUGAGUCUUUUGAUUCAUCAAAUUCUGAUUCUACUACUCUUUUUCAAGAUGAGAGCAAACCUGAAAAUAUUGGUGAAAUUAUGCCUUUCUCUAUGCUUGAAAAAUGGCUUCUAGAUGAUGGUGCUUGUCAAGAGAAAGUUGGUCUUAGUGAAAUUAAUUAUAUAUUUUGAAAUUAUUGUGACUAUGUUUUGGAUUUUCAAUUUUGUAAGAACUUGGGAAUCUAGCUUUUUUCUUAGUUCUAGGACUAAGCCUAAUUGAAUCUCUCUUUGGUUUUCAACACUCUUGUGGUGUAAGAAGUGUAUAUUCCACUCCAAUAUUGAUGUUAUAAUAUCAUCAUUUUCUACAA